UUGCAUUGGUUUUUUUUUUAAUUGUGCUUGCCUCAUUUGCUGUGUUUUGAGGAACAUGGGAUAUUAGAAAACAGCCUCCCCAGGGAGCUCAGCGGGUGCUUUUAACACUGCUCUAUCGAACUGACAUGGCUGAAAAGGAGGAAGCAGCAUAAUGAAACAAACUGACCCCUGGCUCCUGCUGUAUGAAAUCAGUUGAUUGCUUUAAUGGCUGCCAUAAACGUGUUAAAGGAAUCUAACACCUGCAGCACAGUGCAGUAAUAAAGUAAAAGUGAAACCGCAUGAGCAUUGUUUUGCUGAUAAUUCUAUCGGAAGGAAGCCAAUCCUGUGCCCUGGGUUCGGGUUUCUCGUGAGCAUUUCUUGGUGGAGUGAAGCGAUUCAAAAAAAUGCACUUUACUGCUGCUGACUGUGAAGCUCUCGCACAGAGUGCGGAAGGUUCAUCCUCCCUGACACAGCCAUUGAGUCAAAGAAGAGGAGAUGUAAACAGGGGCCUCUAUCCCACCCACCACACAAGGAGACAUCGAGGAGGCCAAGGUCAGCCAAACAUCACUGAUUACUUCAGGAAGUCUCAGACACAAGUAGGUUCUGGUGGGGUGAAGAGUAGAAUCAAAGAAGAGCUCCUGGAUCCCAUUGUCACCGAACCUGAUGAUUCCUUCAGCAGUGUCUCCACUGUGAUGGAGAUCAGUGGUGAUUCCUGUGCUUUUAUGGAGGAUGAGGACCUUUUACCAGCUCCCAAGGAAAACUCCAGAAAACGGCCUCUGUCCACUGCAGCUGCAGGCAUUCACAAGCCAGUACAUGAUUUGUGGGGUGAUCCUAAGAAGCCAAUGGUGGUUCACAGCCAGAUCAAGCAGGAACUUGAUGAUAUGGAAAUUGAACCAGUCCCUGAUGCACACUAUGGACUCCUGGGGACUCAGAACUGGGAAGUGCCUCAGGGAAGCAUUAGCAAGCUGCCUGUUGAAGUCCUUAGGAACAUCUUUGCUUUCCUACCAGUGGCUGAUCUGUAUCAGAACCUGAGCCUGGUGUGUCGCUGCUGGAGGGAGAUAGUCAGUGAUCCACUGUUCAUUCCUUGGAAAAAGCUAUACCAUCGGUACCUAAUGAAGGAGGACACGGCCCUGCACAGAGUUGAACAGAUCUUGCAGGAUUUCACCAUAACAAAUGAGCAGGAAGAAUGUGUGUUGGGGCUGAUCAGGUGUGUGUCUGCCAUACACUCCGGACGGAAAGUAGAUCCUGGUGCAGUUCUGCAGUGUUUGAAGAGUCAUCACCUCUUCUCAAAGGCUGAAGUCUGUGUUGUCAACAAACUGCCACAUUUACAGAGCAGGACAGGGCCUGAGAACAUAUGGGCCAUAAUUACAGUCAUGGUGCUUUUCUCCGAUGGCGUCAGCGACAUCCAAAAGCUGAUGGUGUGUCUGCAGAGACCCAGCUCUACCGUCUCUGUUGUGGAUGUGACAGAGACACUUUACUGCAUAGCAACACUACUGUAUGCAAUGAGAAACAAGAACAUUCCAAUCACUAAUAGGAUCCAUUACAAUGUUUUCUCCUGCUUGUAUCUGAUGGAAAAUCCUUCUGUAACUAUGCAGAAAGUAGAAGAGGAAACAUUUGCUUCACGCUGCAGUAUCUGGCCUGAAGUAAAGCUGACGCAUGAACAGCAGAGGAUUUUGAAUCACAAAAUUGAGUGUGGUCAAAGAGUGAAAAUUAUGGCAUUUGCAGGUACAGGAAAGACCUCAACCUUGGUUAAGUAUGCGGAGAAGUUUGCUGAUCUGAAUUUCCUUUACGUGACAUUUAACAAAGCUGUUGCAGAGAGGGGAAGGAGUGUCUUUCCCAGAAACGUUACAUGCAAGACUUUCCAUUCAUUAGCAUAUGGAAGUGUCGGCAAACACUACAGAGAAAAAGGCAAGCUGAACUUCUCCAAGAUGUCAGUUUACUACAUCAGUUCCCUUAUCCAGAACCACAAGGAACAAUCUCUGUUCAUAAGAGGGAAAACAGUCUUGCAGACCCUUGAAAACUUUUUUGCCUCUUCAGAUGAAGAGAUCUGUGAAGAGCACACUCCUGUGUGGUUCAGAAAUACUCAUGGUGAGAGAAAACUUGUCAGUCAAGUAGAAAAGGAAAUGAAUGUGAAAGAGGCGAAAGAGAUAUGGCACAAUAUGAAGAAGCUGGAUGGAGAUGUAGAGAAGAAAUACAAGAUGACUUGUGAUGGUUAUUUGAAACUUUGGCAGCUCAGCAAGCCUCAGCUCUCAGGAUAUGAUGCCAUUUUUGUUGAUGAAGCACAGGACUGCACUCCAGCCAUUGUGGAUAUUGUGCUGUCGCAGACAUGUGGCAUAAUCCUCGUAGGAGACCCUCACCAGCAGAUCUAUAGCUUCCGAGGUGCUGUCAAUACCCUCUACAGAGUGCCUCACACCCAUGUCUACUAUCUCACUCAGAGUUUCAGAUUUGGUCCUGAAAUAGCUUACGUUGGAGCAACCAUUCUGGAUGUCUGCAAGAAGAUCAGGAAUAAGACAUUAGUGGGUGGAAACCAAAAGGGUGAUGUGAGGGGCGGCAUGGAAGGGAAGGUAACAGUCUUAUCACGAAGCAAUUUUAACGUGUUUGAGGAUGCUGUGAAACUUACUGGAAAAGAGAGACCGAUUAAAAUACACAUCAUUGGGGGGCUUGUCCGUUUUGGCCUGAGCAGAAUUUGUGAUAUUUGGAAGCUCAGUCAACCUGCAGAUGAACGGAAGAAAUCAAACCUUGUUAUAAAUGACUCCUUUAUCAAAAAAUGGGAAGAAACUCGGGGCCUCCUCAGUUUAAAGAAAUAUGCACAGCACACCGAUGACAAAGACCUGGAAGUGAAGAUUGCAAUAGUGGAGAAAUACAAAGAGCGGAUCCCUGAACUGGUACAGAAGAUUGAGAGCAGCCACGUGUCACAAGAAGCCAUGGCAGACUACAUAAUAGGUACUGUCCAUCAAGCCAAAGGCCUGGAGUUCGAUACGGUGCUGAUUGCAGAUGACUUUGUGAAAGUACCGUGUCUUGGUGGCAAUUACCAGAGAGCUAACUUCAUUAUCGACAUGUAUCCUGAGGAUGAAUGGAACCUGCUCUAUGUAGCAGUGACACGUGCAAAGAAGUAUUUGCUGAUGUCAAAGUCCCUGGAAGACCUUUUAGCACUGGCUGGGGAACAUUUCCUUCGGGUGGAGCUGAUGAGUGAGGCAGUGCAGCACGGGGCCACCAUUGCUUGUUCUGUGCCACAGUGUAUGGAAACACUUCAGUCCAGGCUGGUUGUGAAAAAGCUCCCUUUGACUCAUAGCGAUGGCAGCAGGGAUGCAGGUGGCUACCUUUGCCACUCUUGUGCGCAGCAGCGCUUUGGCUCUCUGAUGCCGCUCACCUUUUUCCCAGAGCUUCAGGAACAGCCUGUCCAGCUCUAACAAAGCCCUCCAGCUCCCCAGAGCCACCCUGGGUACAGGACAAGGCCUAAGGCCUGUUGUCACAUCCCAGCUCCAAAAUCAGGUGGAUAUUGGAGCAGGGUUUCAGAUCAGCUCUGAGAGGAACCCUCUAAGCCAUCUGCAAGGAGCUCUCCAGCCCUGCCUUGCCUUCCCAGAGCUGGUCAGCAUGGCCUGCUCUGCAUCACUGCACAGGAGAAUAUCCACUAUAUAAACUGUAUUAGACAGGACGGCGCUUUUUUUGAGAAUUACCCCUUCGUUACUUCUGUCACCAGAAAACACCUCCAGUGACCAAACUGCCAGGAUAUCUGUGCCUAUUCCAUCACAUCAUGUCUCUGUGAAAUCCCUCUGAUCCAUCAGAAGAAAUGUGACACUGAAAAGUACCCAAAGAAAUGCUUUAUUCUUGGAAAAUGAAUUUUUCACUAUCAGCUCUAGAAGUCAUUAAUCUCUCCCAACUAAAUUAAUUUUCCUUACUUGCAGCCAAGGGAUUUCCCCAGACUAUUUCCCUUCUCCCUGCAGCAAACCAUAAGGGAAUGAGAGAGGCAGUGUCUGAAGAACUGCUUUCAUUUACUUUCAGUCUAACUCUGAUAAACUGGAGAGCGUUUUUCAUCCUGAAAUUAAAUUUGUUUAAAAAAAAAAAAUAAAAAUAGCCUUGAGGUUUUCUUUUUUCUCUCCCCUUCUGUUAAGAAAUCAUCUUGGGUUGCAUUUAUUUACUGGCCAUCACAGCAGCAGUGGUGCAAGCAGCACGGUGCUCUUGUAAACGGUGGCUUACGCUCUGCGUUUGAAGACA